AUGAAGCUGAAACGCCGUCGUUUCUCGUAUCUUACCCGUAAACACACAACAUCCGCCUUAGCGAUACGCGUGUAUAAGCAUAUGCUUUCUGUUUUGGAUGCGAAAUCUGAUCGAACUUUAACUGGUAGUGACACUGAUUUGAGAGAUCAGAGUGUGAACGCUGAAUUAAACGAGCAGAAUUUUUUCGACAAUUCUGGUUUUGUCUACCAAGACGAGCUACUCGACGAUAUUGACUCUCGUUACAUUAGCAAUCUAUUCUUCGAUACUGAGACUCACUAUAACAAUACUCCAUUUUACCACUCUGACCCACAUUAUAUUGACCCCAGCAUGGCAUUCAUAACCCCUAUCGAUAUUCCCACGCUUAUCAAAGAUUUUCAACGGAUCGUCGUAGAACUUAAAGAAAGCGACAGGAUUAAUCAUUCACUUGCCUACGCCCAUCGCGUCGCGGAUAUUAUCCAAAGAAGAAGCGGUGAUACACCUCUGCGACAUAUCCCCGGUCAAGAUUUUGAAACCGAACAUAAGGAGAAUAGGAAUAGACAGCUCCGCGACUUGGACACUGAAAACCGACAGCUUCGUCAACUGUAUGAAGACGCUCAGUGGACCCUGCAUCUUGUCAUGGAGUCGCAUAGAAGGGAGUUGGAAUCUCACUUUGGUCAUGAUAACGCUUUGUCUCUCCCUUCGGAGAGACAAAAUGAUGCUGAAACAAACAACAUCAGACAAAAAUUCUAUCAGAAUGCUGCACUUAUGGCCAGGGGUGUGAACGAGGUGCUUCAGCAUGAAAAACGGAUGAACGAGGCGUUUGCUCAAAGGAUAAGAGAACUAGAGGUGGAAAAUGAGGUCCUUAGAUGUGUAUUGGAAAGCCGACCUGGAGUGGAUGUUGAUGCAGUUAUUGAUCGUCUGGAGCACAGAAUGCUGCUGUCUUCAACUGGAUCGUUGGGCGACAUUUCCACAAACUCAUCGGCUGACUUUGAGUAUCACGAUAACCAGGACGUAAAUGCGACACCCGUGAAGAAAAAAUCUAAAUCUAGUUUCGCGACAAGCGCUGAUGUUAAGUAG